UGAGAUCCCGAGAGGCUGCCGUGGUUAUGAAGUAAAACCGUUCGAGGUCCGGUCCGGUCCGUGUGACCGAACCGGACCGGCUUCGGUUUUGUAACGUUAGCCGCGUUGCCGACUUUAUGAAUUUCGGAUUCUCUAGGUCUGCCGAGUCGCUCGCAGGAAGGGAAAGCGCGGUGCCGCGAGACCGAGGCGAACCUCCGGUCGCCUGCGUCUACACCGUUUGCGACGAGUCCAGGGAUUUGCAGAUACCUAAUAGUGAGAAACCUUUGAAUAGUAAGUUGUUCGGAUACCAUGGAGAUAUGGAAGAGAGGGAUAGGAUCAACCAAAGGAUUAAACUCUGUAGAAGCUGGUUCCCAACUCAAGCAAGAAUGAUAAAGUAUCGUUCCUCAUCGAGGUGAUCGAAUACUCGGAGCAGCUACAAGCUCAAGUUCAGUUCAUGAGCACAAUGAGCAACAUGCCACAAAUGAUGAUGCCCAAGAACACACUACAGCUGCAGUUGACAAUGAGCAGCAUGCCACAAAUGAUGAUGCCCAAGAACACACUACAGCUACAGAUGUCAAUGUUGGCUCAAAUGGGCAUAGGGAAGAUGGACCUGAACUCAGUUGGAAGGCUUGGGCAAACUGGAAUAACUCCUAUCAUCCCUCCCUCUGCCUUGCUUCCUCCCUCCUCCACUGCCACUGCAUGGGCUUAUUCCCAGGAGGUAUUGCCUCGUGGCUAUGCUCGUCUUUGUGCACCGCAUGCGGUGUAAUAAAAUUGACGUGGAGCACACCAUUCAAUCAUAUUUAAGUACGUUGCCAUCAUUUUU